AUGAUGCAACCAAAUGGCGUUAUCCCACCUCCAAUGCCUCCGAUGCCUAUGAAUCAACAGCAACAACAACCACAACAGUACCAACAACAACCACAACAGUACCAGCAGCAACCACCGCCACAGCAGCAGUGGGUGGCGAUGCCACCGCCGCAACAACAGUUUCAGCCUCAACCACCGUCGAUGGGAUGGGCGCAGCAGCCUCCUCAGGCGGCGGUGUCGACCCCUCACCAGAUGCAGGCGAUGCAAGCUCAAACUCAUCCGCAGCAGUACUCGGCUGCGCCGACUAGCUCCGACGAGAUUCGGUCUCUCUGGAUCGGUGACUUGCUGCCCUGGAUGGACGAGAAUUAUGUUUCCAAUUGUUUCUAUCAUACUGGAGAGCUUCUUUCAGUGAAGAUUAUUCGUAACAAGCAAACUUAUGAAACAGAGGGAUAUGGAUUCCUAGAGUUCAGAACUCGAGCAGCAGCAGAAACCGCAUUACAGACAUACAAUGGCUCGGUGAUGCCUAAUGCUCAACAGAAUUUCAGGCUGAACUGGGCCACUCUUGGUGCUGGUGAGAGGCGUACAGAUGACACUCCUGGCUAUACAGUAUUUGUUGGAGAUUUGUCAGCUGAUGUCACAGAUUAUGUGCUACAAGAAACCUUUAAAUCUGUUUAUUCAUCGGUGAAGGGUGCAAAAGUUGUCAUAGACAGGACCACUGGACGCUCCAAGGGUUAUGGGUUUGUUAGGUUUGGGGAUGAGAGUGAACAAAUGCGUGCCAUGACUGAAAUGAAUGGGGUAUUCUGUUCAACUAGGCCUAUGCGAGUUGGGCCUGCUGCCACCAAAAAAUCUGUGAGUGGUCAGCAAUAUCAGAAAGACUACUGCUUAAGCAAUGACUAUAUCAACAGCAUUAUAACACAUCAGUUCGAACUUGAUGGGGGAGAUCUAGCUCCUUAUUAUGUGUCUUUUUUAAGAGCAGUAAGCGGCAAAAUAACUAGAGGCACACUCUGUCUUCUUGUGAAGGUCCAUGAGGAUGUUGUGGUCUCAUUCCCACUGUACACAGAAGCCCUUAAAUUUGCUCAUCAUGGGGAAAAGAUGAUCCAGAUAGCCGUGCGUGCAAUAACACUCAACAUAUUCAAUGUUAGUGAUGACAUGGUCUAUCAGUUUAUGACAACUCCUCCAGUUUCGGAGUAUUUCUCAGGCUUGGUUCUGAACUUAAGAACACAAUGCUUCCACCUAGAUGCUGUUGUCCAUGCUACAGAGAACACUUAUAAGGGAAGAAGAGAAGAACUUCUUCUGGAAACUGAUAAAAUUGUAGAUGAUCUUUAUUACUUUAAGGACAUAUAUUCUGUUGGCGAGCUUCACUUGAGCAAAACUCUUACUAGGGAUCUUGUCAGCAUGUUGGUCUUUCCCAUAUUGCUUCCAUUAGUGCACUUAAGCCAGAGUAGUGGCACGCAACUCUCUGCAAUCACAUCUCUUUUUGUAGUUUCUCGUCUUCUUCAAGUUCUUGAGGGAACCAAUAUGGCUAACUUUGUGGCUAGUGCUAUUCUAUGUUUCCACAUGUCUUCGAGCAUAGAAGAUGUCAACAAUUUGCACAACUUGGAAGAAAUGGUAUGCCCUGAGCCUGAGGGUGAUGAAAACUUCAAAAGGAGCAAUAUUCCUGGGCAUUUAUCUGAUUUCCUUGCAUCUAGCUCUCAUAUUCUCAGUUUCCUUCCUGAUGAUAUUAAUAAAGAAAGUAGUUCCCCUUACAGCCGAGGCUGUGAAAGAGGUGAUGGCAACGUAGGACUUGUAGGGGAAGAAACGAACAGUCUGACUGUCCAUCAAGCCAAAAGACCUGACCAACAGUUGAGUAAGCCCAUGUACGAUGGCUCUCUAAAGCGUAAUUUCUCUCAUGAGAACGGAGAGGAUGACGGUGUGCUCCUAACUUAUCAGGAUGUCCAAUUACUAUGCAGGGGCGGAAUAAUUCAAUUCAUUCUCUCCGAGGAUCAUGGUCUAAUGCUGGCAUCUCUCAUGUUGUUGCUUGUUUUAGCUGAAAGUAAAGCAGAUCUUAAUUAUCAGCUGGCUGCAAUGAUGGGAUUCUCACAAUCAAAAUCCAGGAUGCCGAAG